CAGGAGAAGACCAGCAUCUCAGAGAAAGAACCUUUCACAGACAAGUAAGUCUCUUCAUCUGGCGAAGAGAGGAGAGAUGACUCUGGCGUGAACUCAGAAUGAGGCCCGAGGGAAUGAGCUGUGUUUCCAGGAGUAACCACUAUUGACAGCAACAGAGUGCACUGAACUCACGCAGGAAGAUGCUCACCUGUCUGCAGUGGGAGAGGGACAAGCUCUGAGGCGCCCGACCAAGUGCACAGACAAAUACAUGCCCUCCUCUUCCGGGAUCAAUUAUUCUCCUGCAUGAAGUUUCCUGUGUCUCAGCACAGAACGAGGUGGGCUCAGCUCCAGACUGUGGCACAGUCCGCUCCGAAGGAGAACUUGAAGAUUGAAGGUUGUAACAUCAGGCGGGAGUUUUUUUUACUUUGUUGUUGGAAAGAAUGAAGGCUCUCCAGAAGAAUCAAGGACGCACCGACCAGAUGUUGGGAGCCAUGGCUGAUGUGCUUACUUCUGUGGCCAUACCCAACCAACAGUGGCUCUCGGAGGGGGCUGAGUCGGACCUCCCAUCAAGCGAGGAGGAAAAGGGGCCUGUGCAGGGCCAGUGGGACCAGGAUGGCCUGGAGUGGGAGCUACAAACCUCAGCCACAGAGAGCCCAGAAGAUGUUGAAAGAGCAGAUUCGUACUCGGCAGCAGGCAGCGAGGGCAGCAUCUCCACCUCUGUGGCAUCGCUGCCCCCGCAGGCAUCAGGCAGCUCGGCCCCGAGCUCCCCGAGCUCCAGGCGCUCUGUGAGCACGCUAAAGAAGUGGCUCACAAACCCUGUCCGCAAACUCAGCGCUGGAUCCGCUGCCAAAGGGGAGCGUCAGGUCCGAAAACUUGAGGGAAAGCCUCCUCCUCCUACAUCCACCGGCCAGUGCCAAGAUCUUGGCAGCCCACCAAGGCCUGACAAUACAUUCACCAUUUUACCCGUCACCCACAGAGAAAUGGAGUGGAAAGAUGGUCUGGCGAGCCCCGAGGACCUGUCACCAGCCUCACUACAGCCACCCAGCCACAUAACCGCCUCGCUGACUGGCUGCACAACACCGCCAAAUACCCAGGACACUCAGUCCACCGAUGUUCUGGCUGAUGACAGUGCGUCCGUCUUGAUGGACGACACCUCCAGCCAAUGGUCAGCUGCGGCUGACACAGAGGAGGAAAGGAGCAGUGCCUUAGAGAAAAGCAUGUAUGUACUGAAGGAGCUUAUUGAGACUGAGAACCACUAUGUGGCAGACCUGGGGCUCAUAGUUGAGGGCUACAUGGCCACAGUGAACUGCAAAGGUGUACCAGAGGACAUGAAGGGAAAAGACAAGAUUGUUUUUGGGAACAUUCAUCAAAUAUUUGACUGGCAUAAAGACUACUUCCUGGGAGAGCUGGAGAAGUGUUUGGCAGAGCCAGAGAGGCUGGCUCAGCUCUUUAUUAAACAUGAGAGGCGUCUGCAUAUGUAUGUUGUGUACUGUCAGAACAAGCCCAAGUCGGAGCACAUAGUCUCAGAAUACAUCGAAACUUACUUUGAGGAGCUCCGGUUGCAGCUGGGUCACAGGCUGCAGCUCAACGACUUGCUCAUCAAACCUGUCCAGAGGAUCAUGAAGUACCAGCUUCUGCUAAAGGACUUCCUAAAGUAUUACACUAAAGCUGGGAUGGACACAGAGGAGUUGGAUAAAGCAGUUGAAGUGAUGUGCUUCGUGCCCAAACGAUGCAACGAUAUGAUGAAUGUGGGGCGACUGCAAGGCUUCGAGGGGAAGAUCACAGCCCAGGGCAAACUGCUCCAACAAGAUACCUUCACCGUCACAGAGCAGGACAGUAGCUUCCUGUCUCGAGCCAAAGAGAGGCGAGUGUUCCUGUUUGAGCAGCUGGUCAUCUUUAGUGAGCCCAUCGACAGAAAGAAAGGUUUCAUGCUCCCUGGGUACACCUUUAAGAGCAGCAUUAAGGUGAGCUGCCUGGGGGUGGAGCCCAGCGUGGAAGGCGAUGAUGCGCGUUUUGUACUGACCUCACGUAACCCUGAUGGGAGCUUGGUGCGCUUCCAGCUGCAGGCUUCCUCUCCAGAGAUCUGCAGAGCCUGGGUCAAUGACGUGGUUCAGAUUCUGGAAAGCCAGCGCAACUUCCUCAAUGCCUUACAGUCACCUAUUGAGUAUCAGCGGCGUGAGAGCAAGUCCAAUAGUCUUGGCCGGAGCAUGAAGCCCCCUCUGUCUGCUGCCGGUGCCCUGCGGCCCCACUCGUCUGCCUCUAUAGACCGUCAUAAGCUGCCCUCCCUCCACUCUCACAACACCUCUCUGCCCGCGCUCUACCUGCCGAGCCAAGGCCAGAGCCAAGGACCCAGCGAGAUCUUCUGUCUGAAGGAUGCCACUGUGGUCCAGCCAUGCCCUGCUGACUCCCACACUGUUUCUCCAUCACACGUCCAACUGGGCCUCACUGAUCAGCCAAACUGUCAAGCUGUGUCAAAUGGGCUGUACUCCCCAGCCACACAAGGUGCACAGCAGAGAGCAGGAGAGGGCUGCCGCAGGGGUCAGGCUGUUGAUGCUGGAAACCCUGCUCCUUUGUCAGGCCCCUCAGCUGGAAGACGGCCCAGCAACCUUGCCCAGCUAGCCGAGGAUGACCUUUGAACUCUGGAGGACAGCUGUGGAGACAACAUUUGUCCACUGUUUGUUUAUUCCAUUCAGGAUCUGUACCUGGUUUAUUCACGAUUUCUGGAUAUUUGUGAGGGAACCAGAUACAUGAAGGAAUCGUGGGCUGCAAAUAUGAAGACAGUUUGGCUCCUUUCUUUUUUCGAGCCACUUAAAAGGAGGUGAUGAGGCCUCAGAUUACAUGAACAGCGCCAACCCGGAUGCAGAAUUAUAAAGAACAAAAACUCAUCCUUAGGACGGUUUCUGCUUUUUUACCUUUUUUGAGAGCUUGUAUCUAAUACUCUUCUCUCCUUAAAAGGAAACGGGGAAUUUGUUUGAUGAUUUCAUUCCUAAUUGGGGAAGUCACUGGAGUUACAUGUGUGCCUGAAUGUAUGUUUAUCAAUCGAUGCGUGAAUGUGUCUAUGUGCAUGAGAGUGUACAAGGAGUGUCAGUGGCUCUUCUUACUCCCUCGGUAAUGUUUUCUUUUUUCUGUUGUGAUACCCCAUUAUGAAGAAAGAUACAGCUAUAUUCAUGUGUACUUUCACUUCCCUGCUGACAACCGAGUUUCCAGUUCAUUCGACGAGAACGGGAAAGGCAGAACACUUGAUGUAAGCAUGCUACAAGAACUUUCCUCGCCCAAAUUUCAUCUGGAAGUGGAGGAACUUUCUUUGUUGCCACAGUGUUGAGAGCGCCGGCGUGCUCUGAUAUUCUGUUUGACUGGUCUCCCUUUGAUCUGGACAAGAAGGCAUGAGGGAGCCCCCUGGAGGUGCUUUGUGGGUAUGACGUCACCUCAGAUUUCUGUUCUUUGGGCAACACCUGAAGAGGCAUUCAAAGAGCUUGUUCUGCUGACCUGAAGGGCUGCAUGCAACAUCUCCUUGGUGACUGACUGGCACAAUGCUACUUUCCAUUGAUCUUUCUUUUACAGCCUGGAGCAGGUUACUUGUGAUCUUGGGGACAGGGGUCCGUAAAAACGCAAUGAUUUAAACUAAUAUAAAUAGUUUUAUUAGUCCACUGUUGUCAUGUCAAGGCUGUGCACAGUUUCUAUAAUCUCUGUUAGCUUUUACCCUCAUGGGCUAAAUACUGUACAGUGCAUACCAUAAAUUAAUCAAUCAUUUCUACAUGUAAGGUGAAUAAUGACCCAGGUAGGCCCAAAAAAAAAGUGUUACCAUUCCAGCUGGUUGUUUCAUAGAUUUGCAUGGUCCGUCUUCCUCAGCAGUGCCAAAAACAACGGAAAUGUCUCAUGUCCUUACUCUAUACUCAUGCUUCUCACUACGCUAACAAAUAAUCUAAAAUAUCCGGGUUCUACUGGCACAGAGAGGAGAUUGGGUGAGAUAAAGGGGCGAGAUCCAGUUUCUGGCCAGUAGAGGUCCCCAAAGGCUUUCACCUCCGAUUCUUUUGGAUCAUGCAGCUGCACCAAAGAUCAAUAGGCAUCACAUUUCAGGGCUAAUGUUCAAGCUUUCUGAUAACUUGUCCAAAAAAAUAUUAAAAGGAUAGAGAUGAAGAAAAUCACACACAACAAACAUCAUUUACCAAAAAGGGAGGUUGAAUAAUCUUAACCGUAUCGCUGACUUCAUUGUGAUUGAACGUGAAGCGUUGCGUUCUCCAUGGAUCAAGCAGGUUUGCAUGUAACACAAAAGGAAUACCACUGCAGCGAACCAAAUGUGAGGGCCGAAAACCAAGAAAAGGUUGGUUAAAGGCACAUUCGACUCAACGGAAACAGAUGUAUUAUAUCAAUAAAAAGUGUCUUUUGAGAAGUGAGUGAAGGGUUUUUCCAUACAUCUCUUGGAUGAUCGAAUCAAGAAUUAUUUUACUUAUUUUUUCGAGUCAAUUUUAAUUUUUUUUUUUUUUUUUUUAGUUAAAACUCAAGCUUUCUGUACAUGUAGUGUACUCAUUGAUUAUGUAAUUAGUUGAUAGAAUGGUGAAAUGACAUUUUUUCUUUCAGCUGUAGGGUUUUCCUUUAGUCUGCAUUGUGGGACUUCUGAGAGUAUUGCUCUUUCUUUUGCAUCCCACUGGAGGAAGUUCAAACAGGAUUAAAAACAAAGAGAAGAAACCCCUGGAUGAGCAGACAUCUGGUUGGCUGCCCUCCGAAUAAAGCCCCAUUCUGGGCAGUAAAGCGGGGCCCAUCGUAACACGGCUGUGAUAUAUGGAGGUUUGAGGUGGGAGGGGUAUUAACUUUCACAAGAACGCAAUAUCAAAGGGAGUUCCUGUCACCACUGAGGGGGGCUCAUCAACAGGGGUCCCAUUCACAGGGAAUUCCUCUCCAUUGCCCUCUGUUGCAUCUGUUGACUCAAUCUUCUCCAUUGAGAGAAAGAAAACACUCAUUAAAAGCCACAUGACUGUGAACUUGAUUGCGGCAAGUGAGACAAACAGCUCCAUCAAUGGGAUGAGUAUUUACUUUGAGGUGUGAAAAUCUUUUGAACAGCCCACCAUGUUAGAUCUUUUUUUCUUUUUCUUUUAGGAGCUUCUUCCUUCACACCGACAUCACAAUGAACAGUAGUUGUAUUCUGAAAGCAAUCAAAUUAUCAUUUAAAUAAAAAGUUAGAUCUUUCCGGCGAUCGGGGGGCACUCUGCGAAAUUCAUGCAUUUACUGGAACAGCUGGUUAAAAAGGUUAAAACCCUCGAGUCUGUAUUUUUGUGUCACAAGACUGUCGUUAGCAUAAAGAACAAAACACUAUUAGAAACUGGGAAAUUGCUUACAUGACGAUGUUUAUUAAAAUUUACAUGCUGCCAAAACCCAAAUAAAACUUCAUAAUAUUUAUACAUAAUUUACAAAGAACUGUCUUAUCUGCAUAAAUUGUGUUUUAUACAGCAUCUGAAGAGCAGAUAAGUGUUUAAGAUCUCUCUCUCAGAGAUCUUUGCCUUGAACCAGAAUGAUUAUAGGAUGUGUUUUGGAAUUAAAAUCCAAUCAAAUAAAAACAGCAAAGUCAGUUAUCAAUUAUAAAGCUACUGUUUCAGAGAGAAACAGAGUUUUUGUACAGCAACUUUAAGCCCUAGCGAGGCAUACAUUUAUUUUUAAAGUGACCAUAUGGACAACAUAUUACGGAAUUUGAUUUUUUUUCUUGUAUAUGAAUGACGUUCUUAUAUGAUGAAGUUUGAAAUAAAAAGAGGA